AAAAAGCAAUUUUCCAAAAAGACCUAUAUUCUGUCAAAAUUGUUGUUCUUCGUGGACAGUCGACUCAAAUUUAGGCGCAAUAAUGGAACCCGCUCGUUCACAUUCCUCCCCAAGACCUUCUGCUCUGCGGUGGCAGAUCCUCCGCCGCGCGCUUCUUCGCCGCCACACAUCGAACUCCUCCGAAGAAAUCAUUUUGGACAAGGUAUCUCGACGAACGAGAAACGGGUUCGAUUUGAUACCGUCGGUUUUAGUGAACGAUGGUGGAGAAGAAGGUUCAGAUGCUUUGCCAAAGAAAGAUGCUUGUUUCUGCUAUUCAUUACCGCUUCCUAAUGCUCCUAAGCUUUUUCUACGGGUUAUUGCAUAUGGCAUAAAAGCUGUAAAUCACGGGUGUAUGUCAGUGUUGUGGAUGUAUAUGUUUGUCUCGUUUGUGCUCAUUAACCCUUUUACUCUCUCAACAUCCAUUUGGCUGCAGAAAAUUAGCCUGUUGAGAUACAUUAGCAGUUGUAGUCUUGUAGAUUUAGCUGUUUUUGUUGCCAUAGUAACACAGUACAUUGUUGCCUUUUCUUUCGUGAGUGCAAUUGCUGAUAUGUGUAAAAUAAUGAAGGUCUUACUUUGCAGUCAAAGAUGGGAAGAUUGUCUUGAUCUCAAUGACUAUAAAGUCUGUAAUCAAUAUGACAUUGACAACACCGGACUUAUAUGUCAGUGGCCUUCGGAGGACGUACUUGCUUAUUAUUCCUUGUCACACCUCAGCCUCUUCAGGGGUAAAAAAGUAAUUGAACUUGGGUCAGGGUAUGGGUUAGCUGGCUUUGUUAUUGCCACAGCAACCGACGCAUCAGAAGUCGUGAUAUCUGAUGGAAACCCUCAAGUGGUUGAUUAUAUACAGCGUAAUAUAGAUGCCAACUCAGCUUCGUUCUGCAGUACUAAGGUAAAGUCGAUGGUUCUGCACUGGGAUCAGGUUGAAGGUUUGGAUAUCUGUGGAGCCUUUGAUCUGGUUGUUGCAAGUGACUGCACUUUCUUUAAGGAAUUCCACGAAGGCCUUGCUCGAACAAUCAGAUGCUUGCUAAAAGAAGACGGUCCCUCUGAGGCUAUACUUUUUAGCCCCCAAAGAGGGGAUUCAUUGGAAAAGUUUAUGGUGGAAGUUAAGGAUAGUGGGCUCCACAUCACCAUAACCGAGACCUAUGAUACAGAAGUUUGGGCUCGGCAUAUAAAAUACAGUGAAGGUGAUCGGUUGUGGCCCAACUACGAGUCGGACCAUUGUUACCCUUUAUUGAUUAGCAUUACACGGUAAACUUUAUACUAUUAUCUUUCGCCCUUUUUUUUCUAUCCUAUUCACCUGUUUAUUGAAUUUAGGUUACCUUCUAUAUUAGUGAACCAUUGAUUGAUACUAAGAUGUUGUGUUGUGAGAGUUUUUAUUACAAAAAGUUUGUCACGUUUGUAUAUUUAAAAAUGUGCUGGUAUUUAAAAAAUGUACCUGAUUGCAGGGGUUUUUGACAUGCGAAAAAGAUUCCCCAAUUAUCCCUACUUAUUUUUGUUGAAAAAGAUAAUCUUCUC